AUGAAUGUAUCGAGCGGUAGCUUUCCAUUCGACGCCGUCAACAUCAUCCAACAUGUUGCCAAAAGUCGUUUCGUCGCCUUUGAUUUUGAAUUCUCGGGUGUUGCUGGCAGAACUUCUAGCGGAGGCUCUGGAAAGCUUGGCUUGCAAGACCUUUAUGAAGAACUGAGAUCGGCUGCUCAGAUCUACCAGAUUCUCCAAGUCGGCCUGACUAUUGUCACCGAAGAAUCUGAGAAGGGCCGUUAUGUCGCUCGGCCAUACAACUUCAAUCUCAGUCCCUUACCUGCCCUGAAGGAAUCUGUGUUUCGACGGGACUGGUCUUACAACAGUGGUGCCAUAUCAUUCCUGAUGCGAAAUGGCUUCGAUGUGGCUCUCCCUCUCACUCAAGGGGUUCACUACCUUUCACGCCAAGAAGAACGAGAAGUCCGCGAGCAAAUGAUCGAAGCUGAGAAGGCAAGAUCUAAUAUUCCCGACAUGGUUCUCAAAGACGAAGAUGCCCCUUUGAUUGAGUACAUCAAGCAAUCCAUCGACCACUGGCUGGCGCUGCCGAAAGAUGACCAAGAAGGUUAUCUCAACAUUCCAGCAGAAGGUGUCAAGGACCCGAUCCCUUCCGUACUCAAUCGAUAUCAAAUCCGACUUACCCAUCAAAUUGUACGCAGUGACUAUCCCAAGCUCAAAACCCAAGGUAUGGGCCAGUUCAUUCAAGUGACCAGUCCAACCUCCGAACAAAAACCAAAUGAACAGGAGUUGAAAGCCGACGCCCGUGAACGCGAGAUCGCGAACGCUGUGGGAUUCCGGUGGAUCUUGGAAGCUAUUAUGGGAGGCGACAUAUCUAGGUUACCACACUCUUAUGUUCAAUCUGCAUUCGACGAGGGCGAAGCACCAAAGGACUGUGAUGCAUUCAUCCAAGAUUUACAAUCUCAGCUGAGGAGCCAAUCUAGAGCUAUCGUUGGUCAUAAUUGCCUGACCGAUGUCGUCAAUAUGUACCGGUGCUUCAUCGGAGAUCUCCCUGAAUCAGUGGAUGAGUUUAGAACCAAACUCCAAGACCUCUUUCCGAUGAUCCUCGACACCAAAUAUCUCGCCACAAUAGGAAGUAAACGAUGGGCAAAUACCUCAUUGAGGGCAGUCGAGGAAGAGCUGCGGACCGAGGGCAAACCACAGCUUCACCUACCCUCCGCGUUCGACCGAUAUCUGUUUGCAGCCAACUAUCAUGAAGCUGGAUUCGAUAGUUUUGUCACCGCUAAGAUCGGCCUCAAACUGUCGGCCAGAUUGAAACGAGAAGGUCAAGAUGUCGGCUUGCUGGCUGAACAGGCAAAAUCAUUAGCAGAAAAAACAAUUCCGGUGGCCAAAGAUAGCCAGAAUGUCACACCAACCCCAGCCUUGCCGAGACAGGAAGACAGUGGAUCGGGAAUCACUCAGAUCGUGGCCGCUGCAAUAACGUCUCCCGCCAAGACAGUCAAAUCCUUAUUGACAGGUCAAACGACUGCUUCAGAAGACACGACUCCAAACAAAGCACCAAGUCCACGGGAAGCAGGUAUGCGCCCAGAUACUGCCGCAACUAAGGAGACCGAGCCCGUGCUUGCAGUCAAGGAAGUUGUACCACGAUCAGUCCAGGCUGGGAAGACAGAAGCCAAGAAGUUCAAGUCAAUGUCUCAGAACAUCAACAUAUUCGACAUGCUUGAAGAUGACCCGAGUGAGGAAUCCCAGGCUCAAGCCGCAGCGGAGAAGAAAGAAAAUGAGCAGAAGCGGAUUGCGAAGAUGGUACGAAAGGGAGAAUUGCUACCAAGAUGGGAGGAGGAUGCUGCUCUGUGGAACUUGAUCGGUAACAAGCUGCAAGCAAAUGCCUCUCGUGAGGGGAUAUUGGACCUGGCGAAAAGAUGA